AUGGAGGUUCCCCAACCCUCACCUCAAACCAUCCUAGUUGCGCCAUCCAUUGCGGAGACCUUCGUCCGGACCCUCCUUGAAAAACACGCCGUCCCUCCCAAAAACGCCGCCAUAGUCGCCAAAUGCCUCGUCGAAGCCGAUCUACGCGGCGUCGACAGCCACGGCAUAAACCGCAUCCCUUCCUACCUAACCCGAAUCCGCCAGGGUGUUCUGGACCCCGCCGCCCUCCCCUCCGUGCAGCAGAUAACCCCAGUCGUCGCCCUAGUAGAUGGGCAUAACGGCUUUGGCUUCGUCGCUGCACACACCGCCAUGGACCAUGCCAUUGGCAUGGCGAAAGAGUACGGUAUUGGCAUGGUCUCUGUCAGGCACUCGAACCACUUUGGCAUGUCAGCCUCGUUUGUCCGGCAGGCAGUGGAUGCGGAGAUGAUGAGUCUGGUCUUUACGAAUUCGUCCCCAGCACUGCCUGCGUGGGGCGGCAGGGAGAAACUAAUGGGUGUCUCGCCGAUUGCAUGUGGGGCACCCGGCGGUAAAUCUGGGGUACCGUUCAUCCUUGACAUGGCCCCCUCGAUUGCUGCCAGAGGCAAAAUCUAUAAAGCCCAUAGGCGGGGAGAGCAGAUUCCGGAGGGCUGGGCGUUGGAUGGAAAUGGUGCGCCGACCACGGACCCUGCUGCAGCGUUGAAGGGGGUGAUGUUGCCGAUGGGUGGGCCGAAGGGAUCGGCACUAGCGAUAAUGAUGGAUGUGUUUUCUGGGGUUUUGUCCGGCUCGUCGUUUGCCGGACAUGUUACGGGCCCAUAUGAUCCGUCGAAAGAGGCUAAUGUGGGCCAUUUCAUUGUGGCUAUUAAACCUGACUUGUUUAUGGAUUUGGAGGAGUUCAAAGCGCGGAUGGAUUACUUGUACCAGAGGGUGGUUGGCGGGGAGAAGAUGGAAGGGGUCGAUAGGAUUUACUAUCCGGGUGAAAUUGAGCUGUUAACUGCGCAGAGGAGGGGGGAAGAGGGGAUCCCAUAUGUGCAUGCAGAAAUCGAAGCGUUGAAUUAUGAAGCGGAUGAGGCCGAAGUUGCUCAUUUAGAUAGGAUAUGA